CAAAAAGUCAAUAUAUCCUGUCGUGUCGCCUAGGUUUUCAUUCAUUUGAGGUUUCUCCCGCUAGGUUGUUUCGUUAUUUUUAUAUUUUUCAGUUAUGUACAUACCUAUUUGAUAUAAAUUUUAGGCCAGAUUAUAAAAACAAAAUAUUGUAAUUGUUAUUGUACAAUGGGAAAGAGGUAUUACUGUAAUUAUUGUGACAAAAAUAUGGUAGCGACACCGACCAUUGUAAAAACUCAUAAUAAAGGUAUUGUGCAUCAGAAAUUAGUACAGGAACAUUAUCAAAAAUUUAAAGACCAUGAAACAAUAUUAGAAGAAGAACAGAAAAAAAAGCCUUGUAUUCGUUUUACUCGUGGAGAAUGCCAGUUUGGGGCAAUAUGCAGAUAUUCUCAUUACACACAAGAACAACUCCAUGAGAUGCGGGAAUAUAUAGCUGCAAUAGAAAGAACAAAAACUGAUACACUUCAGCCAUCAUUCCAAGAUCUCUAUAACAAACUACUUGAUGAAAAAAAUGCACCGAACAAUAAUGAUAAUACAAUAUUGUAUGACAAAAAUGGCAUUACCCAUAUGCUUCCUUGGACAUAUAAUAACGAUUUUGACAGUAUAAAUUUGCCUCCAAGUAUCAAAAGAUUUAAAGCGGAGGAUUUCAUAGACGCAGUGAUUACCGAAUGGGGAUAAAAAUAGAUUAGGUUCUUGGUUUAAUAUGGAGCGCAUUUGGGCUUGAAGAUAACACCGAGCCGCUCCCACCGAUAAGCCAUUUUCCUGAGUUACGCAAUCUACCUUUCAACAAAACUGUAUAUUAUAAAGAAGAUGAACCAAUGGAAAUCAUCUAUUUAAAAUUCAACAAUGAAAAAGAUUCCAUAGACAUGAUAAAUCUUGGAUCAUUUCGGAGACAGUUGUACAACGAAUUCGAUUAUGUGCCUAAAAACCAUAAACACUAUCUUAAAAGUGAAGCCACUUUAAAAAAGGAAUUUAAUGAGAGGAGCAAAAUUGCUUCAGUAUUAAGACGAGAACACGCUAAAAAAGUUGUAGAUUUAGCGGUAUUUAUGAAUAAAUAUCCGAAAAGCGUAAAUUACUUUUACGAUGCGAUCGUGAGGCUAAGAAAUCCGAAAACUGUCCGGGACGCGUUGAGGAACCUAGUAGAUUACGUGGAAACAACGGAUCCUUGCAAGGUCAAAGGAAAGCUGUUACAUUGCGUAAAUUCCCUGUAUAUAAAACUGUGCAGACCUACAAAUUUGUUAGGAAAUCUCCCCAUGAAUGAAAUGCGUGUGGAUCAUGUAGAAGGCAACUAAGCUUGGAACUUUAUUUAAACUGGAUUAGUUAUUACACGCCAGUAAUUACGAAGACUGGCUUACAUCUUAGACAACAACGCUUGUUCUAUGAGUUGUCAUUAUUCGUUAGAUU